AUGGAGCAACAAAUAUCUCCUGAGGACCAGGCCACCUUCGCUUACAUUACGACAGAGGCUGAGAAGGUUGCGAAGCAAAAAGCUGAUCUCCAAGCGAAGCUUCGGUCUCAAUUAUUUGAACAGCUGCCAGCAGGCCAGAGGAUCCUGAACCGGUUCCCAAACACGCAAAUGGGGCUACCGAUGCUCGGCUGCGUCCAGACGAUCUACCGAGAGGAGUCCAAUGUGACCAUCCCGUUCUUCAACGCCGCGGGUGUUUUUCAACUCGCAGCGCGCCCGACUGCGAACCCUCGCAAGCAAUAUCAAACUGUCGAGGACGACGUAGAAUCCAUCGAGGAACACGGCUACGCGCCUGGAGUUCGUGGAGUGCCCUGGGCGCAACGGAAUCCUGAGGCUGGUGGUCCGUAUCUCAUGCUGUCUUUCGACAAACUCUCUCAGGCAAUUAAGAUCGCGUAUCAGAGGGACACAGGCAUGACUAACGUGAAGGUCCAGACCACCAUUUCGCGAGGAUUACCCAAUGUCGACAUCUUCCGGCCCGACGCGCCGUUGGAUGCGUUGGAGUUCUUGGUGCAAUACCACAACGCUUUCCACAGUGGAUCGAAGACCAGUUGGAUGGAGAUCUUGAUUAUCACGACCAAAGCCAAGGCCAAUUGGUGCGCCGUCAAGAUCACCAAGGGCCUGACCGCCCGAGACGGCAAAGGCGCAGCUAGCACUGCGGCCCAGUGCUGGGAGUGGGUCAAGGACAACUUCCCGGGAACGUAUGAGUCGGAGAAUGCGUGGUUGAAGUGCUGCAGCCUCGAGACCACUCUGAACGUCACUUGGGGCAUCCUCCAAGAGAUGAACACUCGCAUCGACAACGCAGUUGCCCUGACCAGCCUCCACGGUUUGAGCGUUGUUCUGAAGACGUUGGAGACGAGCAUUGACAAAGAAGAUCUCAAGAUCAUCUUCAAGGAAGGGGCCAAAUUCAUGGUGCCAACACGCCCUUGCGCCACGGGCGCGACCUACUGCCGUGAUAUCAAUUGGAUAUUCGAGAAGACUAACAAUGCCAAGAUCAAGUGGCUCCAGGAACCACUGGGGACUUUGACCGCCGAAGUGCGCUGGCUUGACGACCUCGUAGAUGUUUGGAAAAUGGCAGUCGCGGAGCGUCCCGAGAUUAGCUUGAAGAAGACCCCAGAUGUGCUGAAGUCUUACAAGAGGCAGCUUUAUUCAUUGGGGCUCAAAUUCGCAUGGGAAGGACAGAUCACUCUCGUGGGUACUACCUACAAGAAGUGGUCUGUGCUCAAAAAGGCGUUGAAGACGAUGGUCGACUUGUACCUUGACAACAACAUGAUGCAAACAGAUUUCGCAUGUGUUGCCCCGCAACUGGCAGACUCCACCUUCCUGCAAGAGGAGGGCGCGAUCACUGAUGCGGCAUCGACUCAGAAAUCGUUCGCAGAGAAGUUGGAGGCUACAAGGCAAUCGCUGACAGAGCCUAAGAUGAACAACAAGGUGGCCUUGACGGGUACUCUCAUUCAGGUGCUGAUGAAUGCGAAGACUGAUGGCGACAAGUUCUUCACUGCAUAUCCGUUGCCAGCAGAGUUCGACUACAAGCUGCCGAUCGUGGAUGAUGCGCCUAUCCCUGACAGGUCAAGUGUUUCGAGUCUUGACCUUGACACUAUUUGCAAGUCUGUGGUGACGAAGGCCUUUGGCUGUGUGCCCUUGAGCGCGCGCUUAUUCACCAGCCACGUGAAGCACAUGGCGAUGUUGAAGGGGCCAACUGAUGUGAUCGUUCCACCGCAGGUCAAGUCUAUGUUCCCAACAGCAGAAGUUUUGUCGUACUACAGCAUCUUCCGCGUCUGGAGUCUCAUCAAGAUGACCAUCCAUUUCCACGAGGAAAGCGAGAUCAUCAAGGCUACGUCCGAACAGUUGAAGAAGCAUGACGCCGCGGAGCUGCUCACCAAUAUCGUGCAGCCGUACGAAGUCGACGUGGAUAUCUACGCCCAAGGUUGGACUGCUGUGCUCAAGAGGCUGGACGUUUAUCUCAAGUCUCGGGGCCAUGGCGAGGGGCCCGCGUCGCUCACGAAGGAGUUCGUGACGAUGAUCGAAGUUGGCCUGGCCAAGGAGAAGAAAUUUGCGGAGCAAGCUACUACGAGUAAGGUGGAUACUGCAGCUGAGGCAGAUGCAGCGGCCGACGUGAAGGAUCCGGAGCUUCAGAGUCGAGUGUCUUUGCGCUGGCCUCUUCACAACAUCCAGAACUUCAUCGUGGGCGAUUCUUCCAAGACCACUACGGAGCUUCCUCAGGCGGGCAUCCCUCAGUACAUGUUGCCGGCACUUGCUGGCACUCGCGGGGGCAUUUCCAGCGACGAUGGCUCUUACGAGGGAUUCUCGAUUGACCCGAUCGGCGAUGCGACGGGCAAGAAGGCCCAGCUCUGGUACGAGCCAACCGUGGAGCAAGGUACUUCUCUCAUGUUCGCUGGCGAGGUCAGUGCCAUUCCAGAGACCACAGCGAACAGAUCGUCCAAGAUAUGCACGAUCGUGAUCGGCGGGGAGGCUACGAUUCCUCUGUGCUUGAACGCGGGCCUGUACGGAACUCUCGGCACGACUGGGACCUGCGUCGCCCCAGCCUGGAUCGCUCGUCUGUUAGACGCAAAGGAGAUGAAGGAUGUAGGAGGCGCCGCCGUCGAUGUCAAACCGAUCGACGUCACCUACCGUAUCCCUCCGGAGAUCCUGGCGCACAGCCCGACGCAGGCCGAGGCUGACAUCAAGGUGAAGUGCCCCACCAUUUCGCCUAACAAGGGCACGAUCGGCAACGCCCACGUCGAGGUCACCAGGCCGGCGGCCCCCAAGCCGAAGCGAGCGGCCAAGCGCGGUCGGGCUGAGGUGCCCGCAUCGGUGCUCGAGUUCAUCGGGAGCUCGUCGUGGUUUCAGCACAUCGGCAAGAACCAGGAGAAGGAGAAGGACGAGGGCGAGGGGGGGGAUCAGAAGGGGAAGAGGUCGAGGCAGCAGCCCAGCAACAAGGACACGCAGCAUCUUACGAAGUAG